CCAAUGAACAAAGGGAACGGUCAAAGACGGAGGAGAAAUCAAGGAACUCGCACAAAAUUUCGCCGACUAAUUAAUCCCAUUGCGAGGGAGUCAAGAUCAUCAAUUUUCAACAGUUUCCACGAUCUCAAGAUCACGGAAUUCAAUAAUGGGGCUCGAUUUCCUAGCAGACGGAGGUGCAGACUUCGAACAUGCCAUCACCCUCACAGGUUUUGGGAAAUUCCACUAUAUGUUACUUGCAAUUAGUGGAUUAAUUUACAUGGACACAGCAAUUGGUGUAACAGUUUUGUCAUUCGUUUUACCAGCAGCACAAUGUGAUCUAGAAAUGGAUUCGACUUCAAAAGGUUUAUUGACUGCUGCUCCAAUGUUAGGUAUGGUAAUUGGAUCAUACAUAUGGGGAUGCUUGGCUGACACGAAAGGUCGAAAAAUCGUAUUGAUUGCAACUUUAUUAAUGGAUGGUAUUGUUGGUGUAUUAUCAUCCUUUGUCCAGUAUUUUUGGAUUUUCUUAGCUUUCCGUUUCUUGAACGGAUUUGCCGUGACGGGAGCAAUGGGAAUUGUUUUCCCCUACCUUGGCGAAUUUCAACCAACAAAACAUAGGGAAAAAAUCCUCUGUUGGAUGGAAAUGUUUUGGACUGUCGGAGUUAUUGUACUGCCCUUAAUCGCCUGGUUGAUAAUUCCCCUGAACCUGACCUAUACAUCCGAUUCAUUCGAUUUUAAAUCCUGGAAUCUCUUUGUGGCUCUCUGUGCACUGCCUUCUUUAAUGUUGGGCCUUUGGCUCUUUGCCUUUCCAGAAAGUCCAAAAUUUUUACUUGAAUGCGGUGAAACUGAGGCUGCACUCAAUGUUUUUAAAUGGAUCUACGCACAAAACACAGGAAAUGAUCCUGAUACAUAUCCGGUGAAAUCACUUCAGGAGAAACCAACAUCAAAGGACAAAAGCACAAGGGCAUUGAAAUUGCACAAGCGAAAGGAUUUAAAAGUCCUUAUCACGGAAGUUUGGGAUCUGACAAAAUCACUUUGCAAGCCGCCUUAUCUUCGAAAUACUUUAUUGGCAUGCGGUAUACAAUUUGGUCUCACCAGUAGUUAUUACACACUAAUGGUAUGGUUCCCUGAAUUAUUCACAAGAUUCGAGGAAUUCGAAGUGGAACAUCCAGGACAAACAACUUCGGUUUGUAUUGUUUCGACAUUAUCGGAAAAUACAACAAAUUUAGAUCCAUUUGGAUGUUAUACAGAAAUUCCGUCAUCAGUUUAUCUUCACACAGUGUACAUUGGUCUUGCUUGUGUUCCAGGAUCAAUUAUUUUACCACUAUUCGUUCAUAAAUUAGGUGCAAAAUUCUUUUUAAUUGUAUCGUUAAUUGUUUCGGGUGGUGUCACUGUUGGUUUUUAUUAUGUGACAAAUGCAACGCAAAAUUUAAUUUUAUCAUGUGUUUUUGAAGCACUCACAUCACUUGGUAUUUCAUUGGUUUAUUGUGUUAUUGUCGAUAUGUUCCCAACGAAUCUUAGAGUAAUGGCAGCGGCAUUGUCAUUAACAAUGGGUAGAUUAGGUGCACUUGUUGGUAAUCUUGUUUUUGGAUAUCUCAUUGAUUUGGCGUGUGUUGUACCUGUUGUUUUGUUCGCUGCCUUUUUAUUCUUCUGUGGUUUCUUGUCAAUAUUCCUGCCAAAAACAGGCAAAGAUACUCUCGAUUGAAAUUAUAUAUAUCUCUUUUUUUCAAAUUUUAUAAUUCUUGAAACAAUCGUCUCGAUAUUUGUUUCUACCAAAGAAAAAGAAAAAGAGUUCCAUAUAAUCAAAGAGAUUACCAAUUUUUUAAAUUUAAGUAAUCAAAAAUAUUAUAAUGAUCUUAAAAUAAUUUCGCAAGUAUUUUAUAAUCGACUCAUUCGAUUUUUGCUGAAAGUAGAUCUUAGGUAAAAAAAAAAAAUAAUAACU